AUGGAGGAAACAGUUACUUCACCGAUACUCGAAGAGAAAAUCUACGUCGCAGUUGGGAGAACUGUAUGGAAGAACACAUCAAAUCUCAUGUGGGCAUUACAAAACUACCAAGGAAGCAAAAUCUGCAUUGUUCAUAUUCACCAGCCAUCGUCAACGAUCCCUGUUUUGGGUACCAAAUUCGAAGCUUCAACGGCAGAUGAAGAAUUAGUGAGAGCAUACAGAGGAAAAGAAACAACGAAAACAGACAAGAUUCUACAAGAGUACCUCAGUAUUUGCCUCAAGAAAGGGAUCCAAGCAGAGAAGCUCUGUAUUGAAAUGGACUCAAUUGAGAAAGGAAUUGUGGAAACAAUAUACCAUCAUAGGAUCAGGAAGUUUGUUAUGGGAGCAGCUGCAGAUAAACACUAUUCGAUGGAAGCUAGAAUGGAUGAAGUUAGAGCUCUCUCUUCGCUAUUAUCAGAGUUUCAGCGACUUGUAUUGCCACACACAAGCACCAAUCCACUUCAAGAAGUAGGAAGUUUGAGUGGACAAAACGAGAGGGAAUCAAACAGAACUUCCUUGGAUAUAUUGUCACGCACAGGAAGAUCUGAUGAGGUCCCCCUAAGCGAAGUUCAAGAGGAACCGAAUGACUCAUCUUCUCACGCUUUUCCGCGGAAUGGGAAUGAACAUGAUGAUAAACUUCUUGAUCAACUCCACCAAGUUAUGGCAAACACUCACAAUCCAAAACCAUGA